UGAUAAUUUCACAUUAAGUUUUAAAUAUUUUGCAGACAGUGAAGAGUUAUCUGGACAAGAUGUCUGAAUCUCUAUUUAAGGCUGCCACAGCGUUUUGCACAAAAUGUGGCUCUAUAUUGCCCUUGCUCCAGGAGUUUGGUUCCGUCAAGUGCUACUCUUGCAGUGCUGAUUAUAAUGCCGAUAAUUUCAACAACAUAAAGUUCAACUACACAGUGCACUUCAACACGGUGACUUCAGCAACGUUAGAGAACAUUGUUGGUAACGAGCCUGACGGUCCCGUGGUCGAGAGGAAGUGUCCCAAGUGUGGCAACGACCGCAUGUCCUACGCUACACUGCAGCUGAGGUCCGCUGAUGAAGGGCAGACCGUCUUCUAUACAUGUACCAAGUGCAAGUACAAGGAGACCGAAAAUUCGUGAAGAGUGUUUUAUUUUGUUUGUAGAUUAAGUAGUUUUAAGGGGUACUGAAUAAACUUUGUUAUACUUA